AUGAAAGGGAAUUCCAGACACUCCAAAGAUAUAGUUGGAUUAUUUGACGAUGAGGAAUGUGAUUAUAUUUUUGGGAGUGAUAAUGACAAUGACAAUGAAUAUUACACUGGGAACUUUGAUUCAGAGGAGCCUCAUAAAUUAAGUGAUUCAAAAGAUGACUUAAUUAAAGAAGUUUUAGGGGACAUAAAAAGUGAAAAUAAUUUGAGUAUAAAUAGAUGUAAAAGGCCAAAGAUUGAAAGAUUAUUUUUCUGUCCAGAAAGUGAUCAAGACAUACUAUUUUCUUUAUUUUCAAGUACCUUUUUAAACUUUAAAUAUUACCCGCAAAUUUACGAUGAAUAUCAUGAACUGAAUAGUCUACAGCACUUACUUAAGAUAUUUGAACAAUGGAGUUUCUCUGUAUAUCCUUUCAACUUAUGUUUGGAUGACUUUGCCAAACUAGUAGAAAAAGCUUCUCUAAGUGGUGAUAUGCAGGAUUAUAGAUUAGAGCUUAUAUAUAAGUACAAGCAGAGUAAGAAUCUUCCAUACAAUAACCAAGAGCAGUCAGAAGUAGAGACAAAAUUAGAUGGAUUAAAUAUAGAAACAAGUAGUAAACAAUUUAAGAACCAAGAAUUAGAUUUUGAUAAUGAACAUGAGUAUUCUAGCUUGCUUAUUCAAGAUAAAAAUAAUAGUAUAGAUGGAACAAAUUUUAACUAUUUAAAAAAUAAUGAGAAACAUAAUGUAUCUAGCUUAUCUUUGUCACAAUUAGAACUUAAACGUAAUGCUACCUUACUGCGUAGACAACAACUACUUGCCCAGAGAAAAAUUGAUGAAGAUGUGAAGCAAGCAAGCUAA